AUGACCACCACCGGCCCCACCGUCUCCGACAACGAUCCUUUGUAUUUGCUUUUCGCCUUAUUAGCACCAUCUGGGGAGACACGAUGCGUGGGAGAUAAGGCAGGUGAUGUAGAUAGGUAUAAGUUAUGGUACUCUGGUCACGUGGGGGGCAAGAAUGGGGUAGGCAUUUUGGUUGAUAGUGAUCUCCGAGAGCUAGUGGUGGAGGUUAAUAGAGUGAGUGACAAGCUGAUGGGCAUUAAGCUAGUCGUUGGGGGUUUUAUUUUAAACGUGGUUAGUGCCUACGCACCUCAAAUGGGCUUGGACGAGGAGUUCAAGAGGUGCUUUUGGGAGGACUUGGAUGAGUUUGUGCAUUGUAUUCCGCACAGUGAGAAGCUUUUCAUAGGGGGAGAUUUCAAUGGCCACAUUGGGGCGGUAUCUGAGGGUUAUGAUGAUGUGCGCAGAGGCUUCAGUUUUGGAGUUAGGAACGGAGGAGGAACUUCACUGCUGGAUUUUGCUAAGGUGUUCGAUUUGGUAAUUGCUAACUCGAGUUUUCCGAAGAAGGAGGAGCACUUGUUUACUUUUUAG